UGUAUCUCUCUUCACGUUUCUCCCUCUGCCUCUGCCUCUGCCUCUGCCUCUGCCUUUCCCUCUCCCUCUCUGCUGCUCCUCUCCCCCUCUCUCACAGCCGCUCCACCAGCCGCGCCUCCACCGCUCCUCCUAGACGUCGCGGGCAACCGAAGCACCGAUUCACCUAGAUUUCUCCUAUUUUCUCUCUCUAAACUCCAUAGCCAAUCAUGAAAUUCAGAUCUACACGACACUACCCAUUUCAAAUCUUCCAUUGAACUGAGUUUCAAUGGCAAAUCUCGUGGUUCUGGUGGUGGUGAUUUUGGGUCUGAUCAAUGGUGGGUAUUGCCAAGAAACGACCCAAGAAGCUCGAUGGAGAAUCCACACGUUCUUCUCUGUGGAGUGCCACAACUACUUGUUCAGGCGAAAGAGGAUCAAAUAAAUGGAGAAAUUGUUAUGGAGGAGGCAAAAGAGGGUCAAAUGAAUGGGACAAUUGUUAUAGAGGAGGUAUUUUCCAAGUACGUAAGUAAGUGGAUCUGCAUCGCGUGCCCUUUUCAAGGUGCACCAGGAUGCAUCAAUGAUUCUCUCUUAACUGGACUGCAAUUUGUUGAAGGCUUUGAAAGAUUUUUCUUUGUGAAGAGGUGGACAAUGCAUCAGCUGAAAAUUAAGAAUCCCAACUACCAACGCAAGUGGAAGACACCUAUGAUUGAUAACCCAGAGUUCAAAGAUGACCCUGAAAUCUAUGUUUUCCCGAAGUUGAAGUAUGUGGGCAUUGAUUUGUGGCAGGUGAAAUCUAGAACCCUGUUUGACAAUGUCUUGAUUUGUGAUGAUCCGGAUUAUGCGAUGAAGCUGGCAGAGGCAACAUGGGGCAAACAAAAGGAUGAAUCAAAGGAUGAUCCUGUAGAUUCUGAUGCUGAAGGUGAUGAUGAUGAAACUGACAAAGAUGCUGAUAUUACAGAAGAGAGUGCACAUGAUGAGUUGUAGGGAGGGAAAGCACCGUUGUGGUUUUCUGCUGACAAUUCAAUCUCUCGAGAUCUUUGAAUUUUUUUCUUGCUUAGUUUAUUUGUAGCUUUUAGUUUUGUUUGUGUUUUAGGGAAAGAAACAUUGGUGGCUGCAUAGCAAGCAAGAACUGUGGCUAAUUGUUU